AUGUGUAAAGAAACAGAUGAUGCAGGGCCCCCGGAAACAAAUGCACCGAAGUCGAAGAUACCUAAAGGCCUUCCAGAACCAGGAAAAAUAGCUCAAAUUCCUCCUGAAGCACUAGUUCCGCCAACCCAUGAAUUACAACUUGAGCAAAUGCAACCUACGAUCGCUAAUCAAGAAACAUUCACAGAUAAAGAACUAUCUUCCGUUUCCGAAGAUUAA